AUGAAAGGAUCUCAUAUCAUCCUAGGAUUGUUAAUCCUAGGUUUAGCUGUUUAAUACGUUAAUGCUAAUUGCAUGUAAAUAGCCUAAGAUUUUAAAUGCACUUAUAAGAUGCUUUAAUGCUAAGAUAAUGACAAUGGUGAAUGUGAAUGUGAAGAUGGAUCUAUCUGCAAAUGGUAUAAAAAAGAAGGCAAUGAAAACUGUCCUUGCGGUAAACCAGCUCCUCGUCGUAAAAAAAGAAGAGUUUAAGAUCUUUGA